AUGGAGCUUGGUGAAACCGACGUUCUGUGCGUGCUUGCUCUAGGGCGUCCAUGUCCGCCGUGGGAUUUGGUUAACAACUUUGCGGAGAAUGUAAAACAGUCGGUCCUGGAAUCUGAGGCUAGUUCUGCCUUCGGUGCGCACUUCAGUUGGUUCAGUGGUAAUUCCUGUGCCUACAUCCUCGCCCCGUUUGGCAACGACUCCCUGGCUGAAGUCAGCGACAGUACUCCACAAUUUGUCUGUUUCACUGCCAGAGAUCACACGAGCCUCGAG